AAAGAACUGUGGAGGCGAAACGAUUAUUUACAAAUGAAAGUCCGCUUCUAUCGUUUAACACAUGGCUCAAUCUCAAAUUGAAGCUGCCAUAAAGCUACUGCUCCAGGAAGCCGAGGAACUGUCAAUUGGUGGCCAGAUCGCGGAGUUGAAGCAGUUACCCACACCUUUGGAAUUUGCGCGUGACUAUUAUGCUAAAAAUGCACCUGUUGUCAUACGUAAAGCAGUGGCACAUUGGCCAGCUGUACAAAAGUGGACGCCGGACUAUCUGCUGAAUAAGCUUAAGGACAAAAUUGUGGAUGUAGCUGUUACACCCAAUGGCUAUGCAGAUGGAUUAGCUACGCAGGAUGGCAAGGAGUACUUUGUGCUGCCGUUGGAAACACAGAUGCCAUUGUCAGAGCUACUGCAGCGCCUAGAUGAUCCCAUGGGCGCUGUGCAUUAUAUACAAAAACAAAAUUCCAAUUUUAGCUUGGACUUUCCCGAGCUAGCAGAGGAUAUACUGCCCACGGACCUAAAUUUUGCGCAGCAGUGUUUUGCGAAGGAUCCCGAUGCAGUGAACUUCUGGCUGGGCGAUGAACGUGCCAUUACCUCCAUGCACAAAGAUCCCUAUGAGAAUUUGUAUUGUGUAGUAGCAGGCUACAAAGAUUUCAUAUUGCUGCCGCCACAUCAGCUGUGCUGCGUACCACGCCGACGUUAUGAAACGGGGGUGUAUAAACUGAAUUCUAAUGGCCAAUACUACAUAGAACCUUUUCUAAAUGAGGGAGAGCCCCAGCAUACAGAGUGGGUUAGCGUUGAUCCGCUGUCACCCGAUCUAGGGGCAUAUCCGCAGUAUGCCAAGGCGCGUCCACUCCGCGUCCGCGUGCAUGCAGGUGAUGUACUCUACUUGCCCAACUAUUGGUUCCAUCAUGUGAGCCAAAGUCACAAGUGCAUCGCCAUCAAUUUCUGGUACGACAUGGAGUAUGACAGUCGCUAUUGUUACUAUCGCAUGCUGGAACAGCUUACCAGCUAGCAUUAAUAUUACCAUACAAGCAAAAUAUAACAAUUAUAAGUAUAUUCUAUAUAU